GUAUCGACCAGGGCCAGAUGACGUAUGACGGCCAGCACUGGCACGCCACCGAGACCUGCUUCUGCUGCGCGCAGUGCAAGAAGUCCCUGCUGGGACGGCCCUUCCUGCCCAAGCAGGGGCAGAUCUUCUGCUCCAGGGCCUGCAGCGUUGGCGACGACCCCAAUGGUUCCGACUCCUCCGACUCGGCUUUCCAGAGUGCACGAGCCAAAGAGUCCCGCCGCAGCGCCAAGAUCGGCAAGAACAAGGGGAAAGGCGAGGAGGGGGCACGCAGCCCGUGCAACCAGCUACAGGUCACCUCCAACCGCCUCUCCACCGAUGUGGACCCGCUCUCACUGCAGAUGGAUUUGCUGAGCUUGGCCAGCCAGACGCCGAGCCUCAACAGGGAGCAUGUGUGGAGGAGCAGGGACGAGCUCUAUCACUAUGGGAACAAAAUGGAGCAGAGUCAGUCCCAAAGCCCUUUGCAGCUUCUCAGCCAGUGCAACAUAAGGACCUCCUAUACCCUGGCCAGGUCCCGGGCUCGCAGCCGGAUUUAUGGGCGAAACAUUUCAGCAACCCGAAGAGGAGCUCCUCGUUGGCGAUGA